AUGGCACAACUCAAUGACAAACAGAAAAGAGAUUUCGAAAUGCAAGUGCGCUCUCCGAAAAUAUUUCGGAAGAUUUCAGUAUUACCAAACUCUUCUCCUGGACAUCAAGUAACAGAAACAUAUAGUCGAUAUGAAUUUAAAACGAAUAAAGGUUACACCACUUCACGCGGUUCACAACGCAUAAGAUUAAAGCUUGACACAGGUGCUGACAAAAUUGUUGGGAUCAUGAAAAAAACUUGGAAUUUGCAACGACCAGAUAUAAUUAUAUUUGUAAUGGGUGGAACAGACGAUCAUGAUGCAUCAGCACAACUAACAGAAAUGAUUCGAAAAGAUUUGGUUUAUGCCGCCAUUAGAGCAAACGCAUGGUUAAUUACGUCCGGAAAAAAUGUUGGUGCCGCCAAAGAAGUUGGCGAAGGCCUUAGGUAUUAUCGUGAUUACAUUGAGAAACACAAAUACAAUCUUCCAUGUAUUGGGAGUACCAGUUGGAAUAGUAUUGCAGGAUAUGCACAACGUGAGAAUAAAACGAAAAAUCUUACAGGAAGCGCUAGUAGUUCAAGAAGACAUCCAACUCACUCACGUGAUAGAAGUUCAGGCGAACAUACUAUUCAGAUACCUGACAAUGAUCAGUCUGUUCUACAUGAUGAUCGUAAACGCAAGGAAACUGAAGAAUCCAAUUUAGAACCGAAUCAUACACAUUUUUUAUUAUUUGAUGAUAAAGUAAAAAAUGACGAUUUCGUUCUUCAUUUACUAGAACACUUUGAAUGGCGUUGGAGCAAUAAUAAUUCGAACGAUGAAGAAGAAUCACCUAUACCUAUUGUCGUGGUUUUAGUUGAAAGUAAUACGCAAUUAAAUACAACAAAAGUUAAAUCAGUAAAACCUGAUAUUCUAUUUGUGGUUCUUAAACAUAGAGAGUGUACUAAUGAAAUUGUUGCUGAAUUGCAUACUUGUUAUUCUGAUGGUAAAAUAGAUAAUGAUGUUGUUACCAGUACGAACUCUACAAUAUCACAAAAUAUCAUUUCUGUAGAAGGUUCAAAAAAAGCAAAGAUUAAUUCUAUUUCGAAUGAAUCACAACUUAAAACUGAAAAAAUCAAUUCUGUUAGAAAUGAUUCAUGUGAAAUAUUGGAAAAAUGUAAACAUCGUGUAACAGUUCUUAAAAUUUCUAGCAAUAUGCAUCAUAGAAAUUUUGAAGAUGCUAUUUUACUAUCUUUAUCUAAUGCUAGAAGAAAGGCGGAAAAGUCCAAUCAACAACAUAAGCUAGCAAACGAACUCAUAUUAGCUAUAGCAUGGAAUAGAUUUGAUUAUGCUCGUGAAUAUCUUCUUAACGAUGAAACAAGACCUAAGUAUACGGAAGGCGAUCUACAUCGUGCUCUUCUUAAUGCACUUUGCCAUAGUUAUAUUGAUUGCAUUGAAUUACUCCUUGACUUUGGUGCAUCAUUUAAAAACUUAACGCAUGACGAUCUUAAAAGACUCUACGAUCAGCCAUCUCAUAAUCCAUUGCCAAUUGCAGAUGAAGAGGAACCAUUAAAGAAAAGUCGAUAUUACGCUGACUAUCUUAAACGGAUCGGGUUUAAGACGAUACACUCAGAAGAAAAAGAGAAUGGCUUACCUAGUCAAAGUGCUGUACAAGAUUUAUUUUUAUGGGCGAUUUUUUCUAAUCGAUUUGAACUUGCGGUAUACAUGUAUAUCGAAACAUGGCAGGAUGACAUUGAUAUUACUCGAAAAUAA